AUGACUAUAUUCAAUCAGACAAUAUCACGUGCAGUAAAAUUGAACGAUGUGUUAGAAUUACUGAAGUUGUUCGAAGCCGAGUUUAACAAGCCUGAUCUGCAUGACAGAGUUUUAAUAUUUGAUGUUGUCGCUUCACGGCCACGUAGACUUCGCGUAGCAACUGUUGAAGAAAAUGAAAGAAAUGAGAACGGAGCUAGCAGUCAAAGCAAAGAUGAAAGCGAUGAUGAAACAACCAAAGCUAAAAACGUGGAGAUAGGUGUGAAUGCAAACGAUGAAAGUGAAACCGAAAGCAACGAUUGUGAAAUCGCUUCAAAAUAUGUAAAUGGUUAG